UGUAGGGAUGAUGUCUGAAUUAUCUCCAUGCAGUCAACAAUUCAGCACAGAGGCAUCCAGAGUCACGCUGGCAUGUUGUGACAGAAUCGCACAAUUACAUGGGAUCCAUCCCGUUCUGAAAAUGCCCCGAACAGCGAACAGAACAGGUAAAUGGAAUCAAACGUCAGAGCCAGCACAGCCUGAGAGCUUCUUGAAACUCAGACUCCACAAUCUAUGGGGGAAAGUGUCCUGCUGUGGCAUGAAAUAAAUGAAACAGAAAAUGAUGGCAAGACUGCUAAGAACAUCCUUUGCUUUGCUCUUCCUUGGCCUCUUUGGGGUGCUGGAGGCAGCAACAAUUUCAUGCAGAAAUGAAGAAGGGAAAGCUGUGGACUGGUUUACUUUUUAUAAGUUACCUAAAAGACAGAACAAGGAAAGCGGAGAGACUGGGUUAGAGUACCUGUACCUAGACUCUACAACUAGAAGCUGGAGGAAGAGUGAGCAACUAAUGAAUACCACCAAGAGUGUUUUGGGAAGGACAUUACAGCAACUAUAUGAAGCAUAUGCCUCUAAGAGUAACAACACAGCCUAUCUAAUAUACAACGAUGGAGUCCCUAAAUCUGUGAAUUACAGCAGAAAGUAUGGACAUACCAAAGGUUUACUGCUGUGGAACAGAGUUCAAGGGUUCUGGCUGAUUCAUUCCAUCCCUCAGUUUCCUCCAAUUCCAGAAGAAGGCUAUGAUUAUCCACCCACAGGGAGACGAAAUGGACAAAGUGGCAUCUGCAUAACUUUCAAGUACAACCAGUAUGAGACAAUAGAUUCUCAGCUCUUGGUCUGCAACCCAAACGUCUAUAGCUGUUCCAUCCCAGCCACCUUUCACCAGGAGCUCAUUCACAUGCCCCAGCUGUGCACCAGGGCCAGCUCAUCAGAGAUUCCUGGCAGGCUCCUCACCACACUUCAGUCAGCCCAGGGACAAAAAUUCCUCCAUUUUGCAAAGUCGGAUUCUUUUCUUGACGACAUCUUUGCAGCCUGGAUGGCUCAACGGCUGAAGACACACUUGUUAACAGAAACCUGGCAGCGAAAAGGACAAGAGCUUCCUUCAAACUGCUCCCUUCCUUACCAUGUCUACAAUAUAAAAGCAAUUAAGUUAUCACGACACUCUCAUUUCAGUUCUUAUCAGGAUCAUGCCAAGUGGUGUAUUUCCCAAAAAGGCACCAAAAAUAGCUGGACAUGUAUUGGAGACCUAAAUCGGAGUCCAUACCAAGCCUUCAGAAGUGGAGGAUUCAUUUGUACCCAGAAUUGGCAUAUUUACCAAGCAUUUCAAGGAUUAGUAUUAUAUUAUGAAAGCUGUAACUAAACUUGGUGAAAGGACACAGGUACUAUCAUUGAAAACCUUGACAAUGGGUCUUCUUCCAUUACACCUUCUUUAUAUUUUAAAGGCCUGUGAAUAUACUCAUAACCUGCAUAUCACAAAAUAAAACAUUUUUCUCUCAUGUUUACCGUUUAA